AUGGGCAACAUGAGUGAGGCGGUGUACCGAUUUCUGAAGGAUCAUGUGACACAGACUGGACAGGCGGAGGUGAACAGGGAGAAGGUGUCCCCCAUGCACCAGAGCAGCAUUGAUGGAGUGGAAGACAUGUCCACGCUGGCAGAGCUCCAUGAGGCCGCCAUCAUGCACAACCUUCAUCAGCGAUACCAGAAAGACAACAUCUAUACUAACAUAGGUUCUAUCCUGGCGGCCGUGAAUCCUUAUAAGCAGAUCAGAGGACUGUAUGAUCUCUCCGCAGUGGAGCUGUACAGCCAGCAUCAUUUGGGCGAGCUGCCGCCACAUAUCUUUGCUAUUGCCAAUGAGUGCUACCGCUGCUUAUGGAAGAGACAUGAUAGCCAAUGUGUGCUAAUAAGUGGUGAAAGUGGAGCUGGGAAAACAGAGAGCACCAAACUACUGCUACAGUUCCUGUCUGUCAUGAGCCAAAACUCUGCCGGGACGCCGCCUACGGAGAAGAUUACAUGCGUGGAGCAAGCCAUCGUACAGAGCAGCCCCAUCAUGGAAGCAUUUGGAAAUGCCAAAACAGUGUACAACAACAACUCCAGUCGCUUUGGGAAAUUUAUUCAGCUUAAUUUCUCUCAAAGCGGGAACAUCCAGGGAGGAUGCAUCGUCGACUAUUUGCUUGAAAAGAAUCGAGUGGAGGGAUCUCCUCUCACAGGCGGAGGGUACUAUCUUCACACCCCCCUGGAACUGUGGAACCUUGUCACUAAUGUGAGCGAGCUCCUGGGUCUGGACAGUUUUCAGUUGUCUGAGGUUCUGACCCAACGUUCCAUGAUCCUCAGAGGAGAAGAGAUCUGCUCUCCUCUCACAGUGGAACAGGCAAUAGAUUCCCGGGAUUCGGUUGCCAUGGCGCUUUAUUCGCAGUGCUUCUCGUGGAUCAUCAUGCGAAUUAAUCAGAAGAUAAAGGGCAAAGAUAAUUUCAAGUCUAUUGGAAUCUUGGACAUCUUCGGUUUUGAGAACUUUGAGGUGAACCGUUUUGAGCAGUUCAACAUUAACUAUGCUAAUGAGAAACUUCAAGAAUAUUUCAACAAACACAUCUUCUCUCUGGAGCAACUAGAGUACAACAGGGAAGGCAUUCACUGGGAAGCCAUUGACUGGAUGGACAAUGCAGAAUGUCUGGAUCUGAUUGAGAAGAAAUUGGGCAUGUUAGCACUGAUUAACGAGGAGAGCCGAUUUCCCAAAGGCACUGACUUCACCCUGCUGGAGAAACUGCAUGGCAGACACUCUACUAAUCCCUAUUAUGUGAAACCCAGACUGGCAGACCAUCAGUUUGGGAUAAAACACUAUGCUGGAGAGGUCUUGUAUGAUGUGAGGGGGAUUUUAGAGAAGAACAGAGACACAUUUAGAGAUGAUAUACUGAACAUGCUGAAGGAUAGUAGAUUGGAUUUCAUCUAUGACCUGUUUGAGCAAGUGAGCAGCAGAAAUAAUGAGGAGACCUUGAAGAUGGGCACGGCAAGAAAAAAGCCCACUCUCAGCUCACAGUUUAGAGACUCUCUUCAUGCCCUAAUGGCCACUCUCAGUGUAUCCAACCCCUUUUUUGUGCGUUGCAUAAAACCCAACAUGGACAAGACCCCAAACAAGCUCGACCCGGAUGUGGUUCUCAAUCAAUUGCGGUACUCUGGCAUGUUGGAGACAGUGAAGAUUCGCAGAGCUGGAUUCCCUGUCCGACGCACCUUUAAAGACUUCUUCAGCAGGUAUACGAUUAUCCUGAAGGAGAAGGAAAAGGCUGCUGUGGCUUCAAAUGGAGAUGAGAAAAAGAAGAGCACAGAUUUGCUGACACUCCACGACAGGACGAAAAAGGAGUGGCAGAUUGGGAAGACCAAGUCUCCAUGCUCGGCUGAGGAGGAGCACCGUCAGAUGGAGGAAAUUCUGCGUUUGGAGCGCGAGAUUGAGCAUCUGCAGAAGAAAAGAGAAGACGGUGUGUCUAUGCUAUGUGAGAGCUCAAGACAGGAACUCCGCUUGCGGCGUGAUGCCGAGAUCCUGCGUCAGAAAAAAGCGGCUUCUCGUGUCGCCACUGAAUUCCUUGAACUGCUCGACACCGGAGGCCCAGAAGUCAUUCCUGGUGAUGCUAAACCACCUGCCUCCAGACCGGCAGCCGCCACUGAGGAAGAGGUAGAUGAAGGCUUCCAUGCAGACGAAGAGUGCAUACCACUUCCCGAGUUCCCUCCUCCAGUGGAAGGUCCAGUGGAUCAGGAAAUCUUAGCCACUCUGCCACCUCCUCCUCCUGCCUUUGCCGAGGGCACGUUGGCUCCAUCUGCACCCAACGUUCCACCUGGGGCUCCUCCCCCGCCUCCUCCUCCCCCUCUCCCUGGCGAUGCCGAAAAGGAAGUUGGAAAGCCUGAAGAGGCUAAAACAGUUAAAGAGGUGGAUGGGAAAAAGGAGGGAGAAGAUGUGGAUCGCACCAGCAGGCUGACUGCAGCGGAGUCUCUUCCAGACACAGAGGAACCCAUCUACAGUGUGCCUGGGGAUGGCGAGUCAGACUAUGACCAAGACGAUCUAGAGGACGGACAGAGCAGCAUUGCGGCGACGGACACAGAACACGUACGCAAGUCCACCUGCACCAACGCAAGCCAGGAGUCUUACAACCGCAGCUCAGAUUCAUAUGCUGACAGCGAUGAUGAGCAUGAUGGGUACGUGGACACAGAUGAGGAGGUAUCCAACGGUAAAGUCAACAUCUUGAAUGGGAACGGACCUCCAUACUUCCACAGUUACCUUUACAUGAAGGCUGGCUUGAUGAUCCCGUGGCGCAGGCGUUGGUGUGUUCUGAAGGACGAAACAUUCAUGUGGUUCCGCUCUAAACAGGAGUCGUUAAAGUCAGGCUGGCUGUACAAGAAGGGCGGCGGUCUAUCCACUCUCUCUCGCAGGAUCUGGAAGAUGCGCUGGUUCGUUCUGCGUGACACCAAGCUCAUGUACUUUGAGAAUGAUAGCGAGGAAAAGCUGAAAGGGACAAUUGACAUCCGCUCAGCCAAGGAGAUUGUGGACAAUCAUGAGAAAGAGAAUGCUCUGAAUAUUGUGACAGAUGAGAGAACAUACCAGGUGUUUGCCGAGUCACCAGAGGAUGCCAGUGGUUGGUUUACCGUGUUGAGUCGGGUCCACAAUGCCACCCCAGAGCAGCUGCUGGAGAUGUCUCAUGAGCAGGCCAACCCAAAGAACGCUGUGGGCACACUGGAUGUUGGAUUGAUUGAUUCAGUUUGUGCUUCAGACAAUCCUGACAGGCCCAAUUCAUUUGUGAUCAUCACAGCCAAUCGUGUGAUCCACUGUAACUCAGACCUGCCGGAGGAAAUGCAUCACUGGAUCAGUCUGCUGCAGAAACCCAAAGGAGACUCCAAGAGUGAUGGACAGGAGUUUCUGGUCAGAGGAUGGCUGCACAAGGAGAUGAAGGCAGGAGCCAAAAGUUCUGCUCUCAAACUAAAAAAGCGCUGGCUUGUCUUGACAAACAACUCUCUGGACUACUACAAGUCUUCUGAACGUAAUGCAUCUAAGAUGGGCACGCUGGUUCUGAACAGCCUGUGCUCUGUGGUCCAGCCGGAGGAGAAAAAGUUUAAAGAGACAGGUUACUGGAACAUCAUAAUUCAUGGCCGUAAACAUUCAUACCGUCUGUACACCAAGAUGCUGAAUGAAGCAAUGCGCUGGGUGUCUGCCAUUCAGGGCGUCAUUGACAAUAAGGCACCCAUUGAAACGCCCACCCAGCAACUUAUUAGGGACAUCAAGGAAAACAGUGUGAACUCUGAGGCUGUGGAACUUAUGUAUCGAAGAAACCCCAUUCUGAGAUAUACCCAGCAUCCCUUACAUUCACCUCUUCUGCCACUACCAUACGGAGAGGUCAGCGAAAGCCUGCAAAAGGAGAAGGGUUAUGGAAGCCUGCAGGAUGAGGCUGUGAAGAUCUUUAACUCUCUUCAGGAAAUGGAGAUAGUUUCAGACCCUGUCGCCAUCAUCCAGGGCAUCCUGCAGACCUGCCACGAUCUGCGGCCACUGAAAGACGAGGUGUACUGUCAGCUGAUCAAACAGACCAAUCACAUGCCCCAACCCAACAGCCCUGCAAACCGCGCACACUGGCACCUGCUCACCUGCAUGAGCUGCACCUUCCUGCCCAGUCGCGCCAUCCUGCGCUACCUCCGAUUCCACUUGAAGAGAGUUAGAGAACGCUAUCCUGGCACUGAGAUUGAGAAGUAUGCCCACUUCAUCGGUGAGUCCCUGAAGAAGACAAAGACCAGGGAGUAUGUGCCCUCUCAGGAGGAGAUCGCCGCCCUGCUGAACAGACAGGAAAUGACAACUACUGUGUACUGCCAUGGAGGAGGGUCUUGCAAGAUAUCCAUCAACUCACACACCACAGCUGGAGAGGUGGUGGAGAAGCUGAUUCGUGGUCUGGCGAUGGAAAACAGCAGGAACAUGUUUUCUUUGUUUGAACACAAUAAGGUGGAGAGUCGGGCCAUAGAAAGCCGCGUAAUUGUGGCAGAUGUGCUCGCGAAGUUUGAGAAGUUGGCAGGUAGUGGAGAAGAGGAGGAGGAAGGGCCCUGGAGGCUAUAUUUCAAGCUCUAUUGCUUUCUUGAUGUGGAAAGCAUGCCCAAAGAGGGAGUAGAAUUUGCCUUCAUGUUUGAGCAGGCUCAUGAGAGUCUCAUCAGUGGUCAUUUCCCAGCCCUUGAGGAAACCCUCCAGCACUUAGCAGCCCUGCGACUGCAGUACAUCCACGGUGACGUGGCCCGUACACCCUGGAGCCUAAGCAGCGUCUACCCUGUUGGACGACUUCGCACCCGCAUACUCCAGUCCACUAAAGCAGGGGGUGCUGGAGUACCCGGGGCUGGUAUAGUAGGGCCAGGAGGUCACACUUUAGAACGCCGGAAGACCAACUUCCUAGACGGGACACUGAGACGCAGCUUCAAGACGGGAUCGCUGAAGAAACAGCGUGUCGAGGAGGAACAGAUGUUGGAGAUGUUUGUAAAGGAGGAGAUGUCAGCUACACUGACCAGCGUGCUGGAGAAAUGGAGCCGUCUACAGGGCAUGCCUCAGCACCAGGCCAUGCUCAGCUACAUGACCAUCAUCAAAGAGUGGCCAGGAUACGGGUCCACACUGUUUGAUGUGGAGUGUAAGGAAGGAGGCUUCCCUCAUGAUCUGUGGCUGGGAGUCAGUGCUGAAAACGUCUCUGUGUACAAACGGGGUGAACCUAAACCACUCGAAACUUUCCAGUAUGAGCACAUUGUUUUCUUCGGAGCACCUCAGCCCAGCACAUACAAAAUCAUUGUUGAUGAAAGAGAGAUGUUCUUCGAGACGUCUCAGGUGGGUGAAAUCACUAAGAUCAUGAAGGCGUACAUCAACAUGAUUGUCAAAAAGCGCUGCAGUAUCAUGUCCAUCACCAGCAACAGCAGCGCCUGGAUGAGGUGAUCGACAACAUAAUGUGUCCAGCAACAUAAUGUGAUGAAAGUGAAGUAUACGGCUGACCGUUACUGAUUGGAGAACGAGAAGAAAGAGAGCAGAAAAGAAACAGACUUCAUCUCUACAACGAUUUAACUUAACCUACUGGAAUCCUCUGUAUACCUGUCCUAAAUACAACAGCACACGUUUAUUUAGUAUUUAUCGGACCAGUUUCACCUUUACGAAGCACAACAAAGCCUGGUAACCUGCUCACUGUUCCCUCCCCUCACUGCCAGCACCCUGAAUGAUGACCAAACGUUUCUUCUCCAUUUCAUUCCCUUCUCUCCAUCUUCAGUUUUCAGUCAGUGAUGUAGUACCUAACCGACAACCACCUAUGACUCCGUAUACCGGUAGUUUUACAGAGGUGUGUAUAUUGUGCUUGUGUGUGAGAUCAGAGUUUGCACGCACACGCACACACACACACACACACACACACAGGUGAAUGCUUUGUGGAGCACAUACAGAGCCAUUUUGUAAAGCCGUGACUGCUGGAGGCCGUUCAGAGAGCAGGAGGAGAAAGCUAUGCGUUAACAUUCCCAUACAUCUCAAUGGCAGCUGCUCGGCUGGUGCAGGACACCCCAGAAGUAGAAUUCUGCCAUCUUUGCUCAUGGCCCCUCAAUUUCACA